GACACAUACCGGCCUGACCUACAGAGCAGCUCAGGGGUGAUGCCGUUGUUGGUCCUAAAACCCUAAUAAAACCCUGACUGGGCCGACUGUAAGUGUGCUUUCAAUUCUUAAAAACGGAAAACCAGAUGCUCCUCUAGUUCUCUUGUACGCAAGCCUAAUCUCGUCCCGAAAUCCUUACCCUAACCCUUAAAGUUUCUACUCUCUUUCUCUAAGCUAAAGAAGACGGAAGGAAGAGAUGGGAAUAUUCGAACCGUUUAGAGCUAUUGGAUACAUAACGAGCAACGUUCCUUUCUCUGUUCAGAGGUUGGGCACUGAGACCUUUGUCACCGUCAGCGUUGGUAAAGCUUGGCAGAUUUACAACUGCGCGAAGAUCAACUUGGUGCUUGUUGGUCAUCAAUUACCAAAGAAGAUUCGAGCUCUUGCCUCUUAUCGUGAAUACACAUUUGCUGCAUAUGGGAAUGACAUUGCAGUUUUUAAGCGUGCUCAUCAGGUAGCAACUUGGAGCAGGCAUAACACCAAGGUUAAUUUGUUGCUACUGUUUGGAGAGCACAUUUUGAGCGUUGAUGCUGAUGGCAAUAUGUUCAUAUGGGCAUUUAAAGGAAUUUCCGAAAAUUUGGCUCCAGUUGGACACAUUUUGCUGGAAAAUAAUUUUUCUCCUAGCUGUAUAAUGCAUCCAGACACUUACCUGAACAAGGUUAUUAUUGGGAGCCAGGAUGGUUCAAUGCAACUUUGGAACAUAAGCACAAAAAAAAAGCUGUAUGAUUUCAAAGGCUGGAAAUCAUCUAUAUGUUGUUGUGUUUCAUCCCCUGCACUAGAUGUUGUUGCAGUCGGAUGUGCUGAUGGAAAGAUUCAUGUUCAUAACAUUCGAUAUGAUGAGGAGGUGGUUACUUUUACGCAUUCUACACGAGGUGCUGUGACUGCCUUAUCUUUCAGUACAGAUGGUCGGCCUCUCUUAGCAUCUGGAGGUUCAUCUGGAGUGAUAAGCAUAUGGAAUCUUGAGAAAAGAAGGCUUCAAUCAGUUAUAAAGGAGGCACACGACAGCUCAAUAAUUUCCUUGCACUUCUUUGCUAAUGAGCCUGUGCUAAUGAGUUCAUCCUGUGACAACUCCAUAAAAAUGUGGAUAUUUGAUACAAGUGAUGGGGACCCUCGGCUUCUUCGUUUUCGAAGUGGGCAUAGUGCUCCUCCACUGUGCAUCAGGUUCUAUGCCAAUGGGAGACAUAUUCUAUCUGCGGGUCAUGAUCGUGCCUUCCGUCUAUUCUCUGUCAUCCAGGAUCAACAAAGUAGAGAGCUUUCUCAGCGUCAUGUGUCUAAAAGAGCAAAGAAACUAAGGGUGAAGGAAGAGGAGAUCAAACUGAAGCCUGUUAUUGCAUUUGAUUGUGCUGAAAUAAGGGAGCGUGAUUGGUGCAAUGUGGUUACCUGUCACAUGGAUACUGCCCAGGCGUAUGUGUGGAGACUCCAGAAUUUUGUACUUGGUGAGCAUAUUCUGAAACCAUGCCCAGACAAUCCAAUGCCAGUAAAGGCCUGCAGUAUUAGUGUGUGUGGCAAUUUUGCUGUUCUAGGAACAGCAGGAGGUUGGAUUGAACGAUUUAAUCUUCAAUCAGGGAUCAGCCGAGGCAGUUACCUGGACAUGUCAGAGAGUAGAACUUGUGCCCAUGAUGGAGAGGUGGUUGGAGUAGCAUGUGAUUCAACAAAUUCCUUGAUGAUAAGUGUUGGAUACCAUGGGGACAUAAAGGCUUGGGAUUUCAAAGGACGUGAGCUAAAAUCCAGAUGGGAAAUUGGUUGCUGCGUUGUUAAAAUUGUUUACCACCGCCCCAAUGGUCUUCUGGCUACGGUGACAGAUGAUUUAGUUAUUCGCUUAUUUGACAUUGUGGCUUUAAGAAUGGUUCGCAAAUUUGAAGGUCAUUCAGAUCGUAUUACAGAUCUUUGUUUCAGUGAGGAUGGCAAGUGGCUUUUGUCAGCCAGCAUGGAUGGAAGUCUUAGGGUUUGGGACAUUAUCUUGGCACGGCAAAUUGAUGCAAUGCAUGUGGAUGUCUCUGUAACAGCAUUGUCCUUGUCACCUAAUAUGGACAUUUUAGCAACUAGUCAUGUUGAUCAAAAUGGGGUCUACUUGUGGGUUAAUCAGGCAAUCUUUUCUAGCGCUUCUAAUGUUGAUUCCUAUGCAAGUGGAAAGGAAGUUGUGUCUGUUAAGUUGCCGUCCAUCUCUUCAAUUGAUGGUGCUCAAGAUGAGAAUUCCAAUACGCCUGCUAUAAACUCACAACCAAAAGGCACUUGCGAUGUUCCACAAUUUGAUCAGCAAAUACCUGACCUCGUUACACUUUCAUUAUUGCCCAAGAGUCAAUGGCAAAGCCUGGUCAAUUUAGACAUCAUUAAGGUCCGCAACAAACCUAUUGAACCUCCAAAAAAACCAGAGAAGACUCCUUUUUUCUUGCCCUCAGUUCCAUCUCUUUCUGGAGAAAUAUUAUUUAAACCCAGUGAGUCAGCCAAGGAUCAAGAGGGUGCAAAUGCUGGCAAACUAGUAAGCAGUAUAAGAAAAUCGGAUAUCCCUCCCUCUCAAUUUUUGCAACUUCUUCUAGAAUCUGCGGAGACGAAAGAUUUUUCAGCAUUCACAGAUUACAUUAAAGCAUUAUCUCCUUCGACUUUGGAUGUGGAACUUAGAAUGCUUCAAAUUAUAGAUGAUGAUGAUGAUGAUCGGCAAGACGAACUGGAAAACAGACCAGAGUUGCAUUCAAUUGAACUUCUGCUCGAUUAUUUCGUGCUUGAGAUUUCCUGCAGAAGCAACUUUGAGUUUAUACAAGCUGUAGUGAGACUGUUUCUCAAGAUACAUGGUGAAACAAUUAGACGGCAGUCAAAACUGCAGGACAAAGCAAGGAAGCUGCUGGAUGUUCAGUGCUUGGUGUGGCAGAGGGUGGAUAAAUUAUUCCAAAGUGCCAGAUGCAUGCUCACUUUCCUCAGCAAUUCACAGUUUUAAGCUUAUCUGAGGAGCCAACCCCCUUAUGUUACUUGUUUUUAUGCCUUAAAAUAGACAAGUCCAUUUAGUAUUUUACUGGCCUUUUUUUAUGAGCCCAAUUCAGCGUGUAAAUGAUAGUGAUAUUUAGUCCCUUAUUCUUUUUUACUUGUUUGAAACAUGGAAAAUGUGAAAGGAAAAAUAUUUUUAAAAAAAUUAAAAUCAUGCUUGUUUGGUAAA